UCGACACAGGCAGGCUCCAGUUUCCACUAACCCUAGUCCCAAUCGUUUGAUUUUCACUUACCCGCACCGGACUCUCCUCCGCUUCACCGUUACUCCGCGUCUCUCCUCAGCUGACGGUGGUUCGGACUUUCCUCUCCUUCAACUGCGUCGUCUCCUACAAGAGAAGCAAGUACAAAGUUGCAUAGGAGACACUUGAAAAAAGAACAAGGAAAAUGUCGCGGGUUUGCUGGGUUGGAUCCGGUGGAAAAUAGAGACUAGGAGGAAAAAUGUGUAACUGCUGGAUUUGGUUGGAUAAAUUGAGAAGCCUAGGCUCCGGUGCGAUAUCUGUCUUGCCACUGAAUAAUGGAUUUAUAAACAUGUUCUUUUGGUCUCUGGUUUUGCUAUGUCCUGGCCAUGUUUCAAGAGAACUUCUGAGAGACGCUCAACAAGCCAGUUUCUAGGCAUUGCUGAUGGACCGGCAGCCUCAUGAAUAUGGUGCUCCCAUGGCAUAUGGGCAGCAGCAACAAGGGGCUAAUAUGCAGCAGCAGCAGCAAUAUGGUUUUCACCCACAACAUCAACAAUUUCCCCCAUCUGGCCAUGGCCCUCCAUUUUUGCCCCCUCAUCCUUCACUUCAGCCAUUUCCUUAUCCUCGCCCAAUGCAGCAAACCCAACUCUAUCCUCAAUUACCUCCCCACCCUUCCCUCCAUCAACAGACACCACCUCCUUUUGCUCCGCAUGUUCCCCCACAUCUUGUCCCUUUUCAUGCUCCGUAUGAUUCUGCACCACCUCCUGCUCCACCACCAUCCGAUCCUGAACAUCAGAAACGGAUUGACAAAUUUGUUGAAUAUACUGUCAAGAAUGGCCCAGAGUUUGAAGCCAUUGUGCGUGAAAGAGAGAAUGAUAAUCCUGCUUACAGUUUUCUCUUUGGUGGAGAAGGGCAUAAUUACUACCGGUAUAAGCUUUGGAUGGCCACAAGACCCCUUAUGGGUCCUUACAACCCACCACCUUUUCCCUCUUCUGUGCCAUUGAUGCACCCUCCCAAUCCCAUCAUGAACCCUGCGGCUAUAAAUACUCCAAAUGCUGCUUCCACUGUUUCUACUCCAGGAAUGGGUUCCUCUCACCUACAACAGCCUGCUUAUCCACCAUUCUUUGAGCAGCAGCACCCCCAUCCCUCUCAGGCUUUGGUGGGUCAUAGCCGUCCUGAUUUUGAUCAAUCUUACAGACCUUUCAAAGGGGUAUCUAGAACACUGCCUUCUGAUGUUGAGAUGGAGCUAAAUGGUGUUCUCAACAAUCUUACUGGAACAAAGGAAUCAAUUAAAGGUGCAAAGACUUGGUUUAUGCAGAGAUCUCCUUUUAUUCCUGCUCUGGCUGAAGCGCUUCGAGAUAGAGUUUUUUCUCUGGAUGAUUCUGAGAGACAGCUGCAUAUUGUUUACCUUGCCAAUGAUAUUUUAUUUGACAGCUUGCAGAGGCGGGCAAAUGCUCAGGAACUUGAUAGUGAAGCACUUGCAUUUAAGCCUGUUCUAGGUUCCAUGUUUGCAAGAAUAUACCACAAUCCACAAAACAAGGAUGAAAACCAGUCCCGUCUGAAGAAAAUCUUACAAUUCUGGGCCUCCAAAGAAGUUUAUGAUCAGGACACGAUCAUGGGGCUUGAAAAUGAAAUGAUGAGUGGGUUGCCACUAAAUCCUGUACCUGGACCCCACACUGACGCAUCUGCUCUUGCAGGAGAUCGUCCUUCUGCCCCAGGACUGCACCCAUUGGCAAGUAAUAGUUCUUUGCAAUGGCAGCCAGACAAGCACGACUUUGCUGAUAAACAAGUUCCCUCUAUUCCACCCCAACCAUUUCAUCCCAAUUCAAUUCCUUCAGGCGGAUUAACCGGAUCAAUGCCUCUGCCAUCUUCCGCUCAACAACCAAAUCUACCAACACCACCUACUACCGGAAAAGUUGGCGAAAAACUGCCCCCGUACCCCUUGUUUCCACCGGGUCUCAUCCCUGGUAUGGUCCGAAAGAUGCAGAUAGGCAGCGGAGUACCUUACUCUCCUAUGAGCCCUCUGGAUAUUCCAACCGUGAUUCCACCCUCAAACGUGCCACAGUCAGAUAUUCUUGAAAGAGUGUCGAAGUUCUUCCGAGAGAUUGGAGAGGUGAACCCCUCCGAAGGACCCAUGAUCUCGUCCGAAACAAGGGGCGAUGAUGGCUAUGACUACGAUUAUGAGAAAGACCUCCCUGCCCGCAAGGGAGGAGCUUGUAUACCUCCGCCGGCCAGCCUAAACUCUGAGCCAGAUAACGAUGGAAGUAUGGAACCGAAGAGCGGCAGCUCUGGCAGGCUGGGGCUCGGCGCAACGAACAACCCGGCGGAGCAAAGUCAGUAUGAUGAUGUGUACUCGUCUUACAGGAAAGAGAGAAGCACCAAUUACCAUUCGUCCAUGAGUGCAAGAGCUGCUGGAAGGUAAAAAAAAGCAUUAGUUUUACUAAAUGUAGUCCUGCAUUUAUUGGUAUAUAUAAUCUAAUGGAUUUUACCUUUGACGUGAGAUGCAGAUUUUGUUUAAUUACUUGAUUAUUGGCUGAUAAUUAGCUGUUUGAUUUUGGUUGAAGAUGUGCGUGAAACGUUUUUUUAUGUUUUGUAAAAUCAUGUAAACAUUCCAUUCCAUGUGCUGCUGCCUCUGUAGUAUGGAUGGGAUGGAAGAGGUUACUGAUCUGGACGAGUCAAUAUGAAAUUAUUUUUAUUGUAUUGUUUUCUAAGUUUCGUAAUAAAUAAGACAAAAAAAAAAAAAGUUAAAUUUGA